AUGGCUGAAUACGAUUUUGCCGAAAUGGCGGGCAGAAAACGUCCACACCCUCAACUUUUCGAGGAGUACAGCCUCCUUCCUUCUAAUGACCGAAACGAGUGGUACUUUCCGAAGGCCAGAACAGCGGUUGAUUUACAAGCAUCUUCAGAUGACGGACCACUGACAACAUCUCAAGCCGAGAUAAGUAGAGGGAACUGGGGAAACAAGUUGAAGUCAGAUGCUCGUUGGCUCAAACGAUUGAAAAUAGUCAGAUGGGGGCCACAGCGAUCCGAGUGGGAUUCCGAAGAACGGGCCCGCAAACGGUUGCGUCAGGUUAUGCCUGAGUCUCAAUCUCCAUCGCCGGAGCACAAGUCUUUGCCUCAUUUACGAUCCCAGACACCCCCUCUAACAGCGUCACAUGUCUUGUCUCUUUCUGUUCACCGCGACUUCACGUCAUUCGUUCUUGAUCCUGCUAUUCAACACACAUUCACGUCUGACAAUUUUGACGAGCUGAGUAGCACGGCAACCGAGCUUAUUGCCGGUGAGGCAGGGCUUCGGAAGGCAUUUGGGGGUUUGUGGCGUAUCUUGGAGGGGGACAUAUAUCGGAAUGAGAUUGUUCACACAGAUGAAGAUAACGGUCGGUCCCCGGGGCCCGAAGAUGACGACAAUGAGGAAAGCAGACGGAUUACCCACCUUCCGCCCCUGCACAGACUUUUCGUCACACCGUCUGAUAUACCAUUGGGACCCGAGCCGCGCACACUCCUCUCGCCGGCCAGUCAGCUGGAAAGUCUCGAAUGGGCCAUAGGCGUGCUGAGAGAGCUUGCUGAUGACGGGAAAGAAUACACCAGUAGAUUAGAGGAGAUCCGGGAUGGGCUUGGGCAGUCUAGGGCAGUAAGGGGUGCAGUUUGGCGAGAAUGUCGAAUUGAAGCUGUGGACGAAAUGAGUGGGCAAGUUUUCUAA